UGAGGAUUUAGACAGAUUUUGCUUCUCGGGAUAUCGUCUGAGAAUUACAGCAAUCGUUAGCAAACACAUAAGUAUCACAAACUGCGACGUAUUAUCGCUUAUUCUCUACAAGUCCAUUGCAACAUGAUAUGAAAUUCAAAUUUACAAAACGAUCGUAUAACAGUAAGGAAUUUCGAUACAUGUGACGCAUAACACACUUGUAUUUUUUCACACUGUUAUACACAAUUUUUUGCCUACCGCUAUGGUUGCCUAUCGCUCGUUAUCCCAAGCAGGCACGUAUAACGACAGUACUGUGGGCGCUUGCCUAUGAUGCGGCACAGUUUGUGAACUUGAAUUUCAUUACACGUUGCAAUCGAUUAGAAGAGAGUAAGCGAAAGUACGACACAGCUAGUGAUACUUAUGAGUGUGUUUGCCUUGGUGUUUGCUAACGAUUGCUGAUAUUGAUAUAAAAACUUCUUCAGUCUUAAUAAGUUACUUGCAUUGUUUAGCUUACUGUAGAGCACAGUGUCGAUCAGUUGAUUUUUUACGAAAUGAAAUUAUUUAAAUUCUUCUUAAUAUUGUGUGUUUUGUAUCAAAAUGUAAUAAGUUACAAGAUUUUGGCUGUACUUCCAGUGACAUCAAGAUCUCAUUAUUAUAUCGGGCACAAUCUUAUGAAAGGUUUGGCUGAAGAAGGUCAUGAUGUCACCGUGGUUAGUCCAUUUAAACAAAAAGUUCCCAUAAAAAACUACAAAGAAGUAUUUCUUGAAAAUUCCUGGGCAAUAUCACGAAAAACAAUGGCAAAAAAUAAUUUCGUUGAAUUAAAUACGGUGCAUUUUUGGGAAUGGACAUUGUUGUGCUACUCGAGUGGAAUGGAUAUGAACAACUGGACAGUUUCAAGUCAAAAUUUUCAAAAUUUUCUGAAAAUCAAACAAAACUUUGACGUUAUUAUUGUGGAAAUUUUAUUAAACGAUGCGCUACUUGGUCUUGGUCAAUAUUAUAAUGCUCCAGUUAUUGGACUGUCCGCAUUUGGUGCGUCAAAAUUUACAACCGAUUUAGUUGGAACGCCAAAUUUUCCGUCAUACGUCCCAUUCACAAGCAAUCACUACACCGAUCGAAUGAACUUCUGGCAACGAAUGUACAACUCUUUGUCGUUUUGGUUUGAAGAUAUUGCAAUGCCAUUGAUAUAUACGCCAAAACAACAAAAAAUUAUGGAAAAACUAUUUCCCGAAGCAAAAAAUUGGCCGUCUCUCGAAGAAAUUAGACGAAAUGUAUCGCUGGUUCUUUUGAAUACUCACACUACGUUAGGCACUCCACGUCCAUAUGCACCGAAUAUGAUUGAAGUCGGAGGCAUGCAAAUACAAAAAGAAAUCGAACCAUUGACACCGAAAAUUAAAACAUUUUUAGAUGAAGCUAAAAACGGUGCGAUUUAUGUAUCACUUGGUUCACAGCUUCUUUUACACAAAUUGACACAAGAGAAAUUCAAUGCCAUCAUAAAUGCAUUCAAACCACAUCCAAAUGUUCGAAUUUUGAUCAAAAAUGAUGAAAAUGUCGUGAUUCCAUCGCACAGUCAAUCUGAUGUUCUAGUCGAAACGUGGUUUAAUCAACAAUCCAUUUUGGCACAUCCGCGUAUUAGAUUAUUUAUAACACACGGCGGACUACUCAGUACGACCGAAACCGUAUACUUUGGCAAGCCAGUGGUGGGAAUUCCAUUCAUGUUCGACCAACAUUUGAAUAUGUACUUGGCCGAACAAAAAAACUAUGGCGUCAGUGUUCCAUUCGAAAAUCUGUCCGCAGAACGACUUGCAUCAGCCAUUAGCAAAGUUCUCAAAAAUCAGAGCUAUGCGGAAAAUGCAAAAUUAAUAUCCGACCGAUUCAGAGAUCAACCACGUACACCAUUGGAAACUGCAAUGCAUUGGGUCAAACAUGUGGCCAAGAACAAAGGUGCUCCGCAUUUGAGAAGUGUCGCUGUCGAUUUGCCAUUUUAUAAAUUGUACAAUUUGGAUGUUUGGGCAUUUAUAUUAUCUGCUAUCAUAUUAAUGGUAUAUUUGUUGAUAAAAAUCACACAAAUCACUGUUUCAAUGAUAGUGUAUUCAAGAUCGAAAGAUAAAAGGAAAAAAAUGUAAUAAAAACAAAUUCAUUAAACUUAUCAAAGGUUAAUAUAAUAUCAUACUCAAA